AUGACAGCAAUAUUCCCCUCCAGCGCAUCGAGCGUGUCCAGCCUCUCCUUCGCCCAUGGCAACCCCUCUCGUUCCCACCAGCGCAUACUCGCCACAUCCCCGAACGACUCGAGCGAUUCUUCUGACGCAGAGAGCUCACCUUUGAACGUCUGGAUCCCCAGGGUCCACGCCCCUGGCAGUACUUUUGUCCCCACCAAGCAACGCAAACCCUUCGCUCGCCCAGGAAUCCCGAAAGACCUGCUCCGUGAGGAAUUUGUGGACGGACUCCACGUCCAACAGCGUCUCGAGGCCUCUCGUGAGCUCCCUGUCACGCCUACCCCACCCAGUCGCCGUUCCGCUCGCGGUCCCUUCCUCAUGCCUUCUCAAGAUCGACCGAGAGCGCCGCUUGUCCCAGCCACGACGCCUGAAACCAACACUAGGUCCCCUGCACCGUCCGAAAGGAGCAGUCCCAAAUCUCUACGCGACAAGGCUGUCCGGAAGCACUCGAGCCGCAAACCGAAGUCAGCCGAAUCCCUAGUCACCUCCAACUUGGCCGACUUGGAUGCGGACAUCUCAGCAGAUGAAGAGUCGCUUGCUAUGGAGAAAGCGGGGCCCAUCGAGAUCUUCUUAGAGCACGCCGGGGAGGGCAGGAAAUUGAUCACCGAUAUUCACCUUGUCCGCGCGAUAGUGCAGCAGUGGAACAUCCUCAACCACAGGCACCACAGUCAACCCGAUGACGAUGAAACCCGAUCUAAGCUCGAGAAGUCGGAAUGGAAUAUCCUCACUCUUAAAUGUGUUUUAAUUGAGCUUCGACGGCCCGUCGCUCUGGCCCUUCUUGGACGUUUCCUGACCAACGCCGGUGAGUACUUCAGUGAAUUUUCGCGCAACUGGUCUCACUCAUUUGCUUACUCCUAG